GAUAAUAACAGCAAAAGACAUUGAGGAUUCAACAUUCUAUUGAGAUGUAAUUCUUGAAUUAAUUCAUCCGCGAAGUUUUUUCAAGAGCAUAGAGAAAUUUUGGGUAAAUUAAAGCGUGAAAUUAAAAAUUUAAAUUAAGGGCUCAUUAAUACGAAAGAAACGGAUAAUAUAGCCAAAAAGAAAGAGAGAGAGAGAGAGAAAUUAUAUAAAAUAUAUCGUUUAUCGAAGAAAUAAUUUAUUUUGUUACUCGAGUGGUGGUAUACAAUUUGAACAAGCAAUUUAAGAAGAAAGAAGGAAGAAGGAAGUGGCUAAAAAAGAAUAGAAAACUUUAUUAAAGUGCAAGAUGAUCGAGGAUAACAUAUUAAAAACAUGUGGACUCGCGUUUAAUUUUUUGCGAUAUAAAAAAGAAGAAAGAAAAGUUGGAAGAAUUUUCGUUUCACCAGUAUCUAUUUCAAGUCGGAAACGACCGUUCUUUCAGAAGAGUUCUUUAUAAAACGUGUGAAGAAACUUGUUCGCACAAUUUACUCUUGGAAAAAGAAACAACAUAAAAACAUAUAAAGAACGUCUCGUUUAGAUCACAAUGGCAAGCAGAAUAUACUUAACACUAUGAAGAAUAACGAAAGCAUGGUGGAUUAUGUGUUGGAUAUCACAGAGGGGAGCGAAUACUCCAACGUAUCUUGGAAUAAUUCGAACUCGGAGCACUCAAUAGUGUGUGACGAGUUCAUCAGCAAGGACAAUGUUCUCUCGUCAAGCUGGUUCCAAGCAACUAUCUACUUUCUCUAUAGUACGAUUUUCGUGGUCGCUUUAAUAGGAAAUGGAUUGGUCUGCUACGUCGUUCAGAGUAGUCCAAGGAUGCAAACAGUUACUAACUACUUUAUCGUUAAUCUGGCAAUCAGUGAUAUCUUGAUAGCAGUUUUUUGCGUCCCUACAACGUUUGUCAGUAUACUAAUCCUUCAAUAUUGGUCCUUUGGUCGGACACUCUGUCCGAUCGUUAAUUAUUCACAGGCUGUUUCCGUGCUAGUAAGCGCAUACACUUUGGUAGCGAUCAGCAUAGAUCGUUACAUCGCCAUAAUAUGGCCAUUGAAACCACGCAUGAGUAAAAAACAAGCGACGCUCUUGAUACUGAGUGUCUGGUUACUCGCAUUGAUAGUCUCUUUUCCGAUUGCUUUGGUAUCGGAACUUUUUCAGCCUCGAAUAGAUCAUUACGUGAAAUGCAAUAAGUUCAUCUGCCGAGAAAAUUGGCAAUCGGAAAAGCACAGAUAUUAUUAUACGGUGGCUCUAUUAGUUCUACAGUAUCUGAUACCACUGAUGGUGCUUUUAUUCACUUAUACUAGCAUCGCUAUAAUCGUAUGGGGCAAAAGACCACCAGGGGAGGCCGAGAAUACAAGAGAUCAAAGAAUGGCACGUUCGAAAAGAAAGAUGGUGAAAAUGAUGAUUACCGUUGUAUUAGUCUUCACCAUGUGCUGGUUACCUUUCAAUGUUCUCAACAAAAAAGCUCUAAUCACUCGAUUAACAUCUCUCUGUCAGAUAGUGAUAGACUUCGAUGAGAGACUCCAUAGUUGGACGGGUCUUCCUUUUAUAUGGGCAGCUCUUCAUUGGCUUUCAAUGUCACAUUCCUGUUACAAUCCAGUAAUCUAUUGCUGGAUGAACGUCAGAUUUCGUGCAGGCUUUAUCAUUGCAUUUGGACGUUUGCCAUGUUUGCAUAGAUUCAUACAUAAUCGAAAACGACAUACGUAUAACACCAGUAUGGUAGGCAUGCCCUUAACAGAUCUCGAAGGAUCCGGUCAUUUUGUUCUGCAGCGAAAAAAUACGUGCACGACUUAUGUUAGUGUCAGGCACAAAACGAACGGAAAUCAUGGAGCACCUGCAAGAAGUGCCAGCUUCCGGAACAACGAAUCAUUGCGAUCUAACAUCCCACAGUCUCAACAUUGCAUAAAACGUCAAUCACAGUUAGAGGAACAGAUAUAAAGAAUAAGAAUAAAAAUGAGAAAAAAGAAAAAGAAAACUUUCUUUUAAAAAGUUUUAAUGUUUUAGCGAGAAAUGAAACGUUUAGCGAGAAAUACGAAUUAGCAUAAUCGAAUAACGAUUUACGUGGUCGCUUCUUCUUAUUUUUAUUUUUACUUUCACGAACUGAAGAAGUAUACUUUUCCUUGUAUAUUGUAUAAAAAUAAAAAAAUAUUGAAAAAUUAAUAUUUUCAUUUGAUCUGACAUUUUUCGUUUCUCUAAUCAAAUAUCGUGAGAAAAUUUCAUUUCAUGAUACGUUAAUAAACUGAAAAGAUAAAGCGAUCACUUCUAGUGUUGACUUUUACGUAUUGAAUUUCGUUUGAUAUGUACUUACGUAUAUUUUUAUGUUUCGAACAAACUGAGCGAACGAUACUUAUAUAAAUUUUCAUUUCAGGAAAUUUCAUUUCUCACGCUUUGUGUUAAAGUUUUCGAAUGUAACGAUAUAAUAUUACAUGUAACAAUAUAAUAAUAUAAAAUAAUAUAAAUAAAAAGGAAAAAGAAAAAGAAACAAAUCAUAACAUUUACGACCAACUUCGACAUCUCGUCUGUAUAUCUGUUUUUUUUCAUUCGCUGUUGUUGU